CCGAAAAGUACCCUCGCGGGCUCGCUUCGCUCGUCACGAUUCGGGCACGGUGGUUCGCUUCGCUCGCCACCUAAUUACUAGAGGUAAUAGUUGGUGGCGUGGAUACUAGAGCAACUGACCCGCUGGCGUAGCUCCUCCCCCUUGUGUCGUGGCUCCUCCCCCUUACGGAAAAGGCCCAUUAGGCCACUUGGAUCUAGCCUCAACCGUGUGGACUGUGAGUUGUUUCCGGAAGAAGCUGUGUCAGGCAGCCGACUCCAGCCUGGGAUUGCAGGGAGUAGCUGUUACCGGCGACCGCAAUCUCUUUAUGGUUAGUGUCUGGGCAGCUGUACUAGGAAAUCUGUUGGACGGCACUAAGUUAAUACUCUGAUUAAAAACUGUGAAAGGUGGCAUUAUCCUUUACCAUUACGGAGGUCGGGACUCUUCAGCAUCAUGGGUAACAGUGCACUAAAAGCACACCUGGAAACAGCACAGAAAACUGGUGUUUUCCAACUCACGGACAAAGGACUGAUUGAGUUCCCUGAAGAACUGCAGAGGUUAUCGGCUAACCUACGUACCAUAGACCUGUCCAGUAACAAGAUAGAAGUUUUACCUCCGACUAUGGGAAAGUUCUGCAUGCUCAAGAGUUUGACGCUAAACCAUAACAGACUGACCAGGCUUCCAGAUGAGUUUUGCAAAUUGAAAAAACUGGAAACCCUGCUUCUAAGUGGCAACCAGAUUACCCGUCUCCCGGCUGACUUUGGUCAGCUGUCUGCGCUGAAGACGCUCAACCUCUCUGGCAACCAGCUACGUGCAAUGCCCCCGCAGCUCUGCAGCUUGCGGCACUUGGAUGUGGUGGACCUGUCAAAAAAUAAAAUCCAGGCAGUUCCAGAUGAGGUGGCUGGCAUGCAGUCCAUAGAGAUAAACUUGAACCAGAACCAGAUAUCACAGAUCUCGGUUCAGGUUUCUCAGUGCCCACGCCUCAAGGUACUUCGAUUGGAGGAGAACUGUCUCGAGCUCAGCACAUUGCCCCCAAGCAUCCUCAGUGACUCUCAAAUUUCCUUGUUGGCUGUGGAGGGGAAUCUCUUUGAAAUAAAGAAUCUUCGGGACUUGGAUGGUUAUGACAAGUACAUGGAACGUUUCACAGCCACGCGAAAGAAGUUUGUGUGAUUAGACAAUGUCUGCUGGGUAGUCAACACUUAGCUGCAACAACUUACCUGCCGGAUAGACAGGGCCAUCGCUGGACAUAGGCCUGCUUCCUGGGGCUCACAGUUUCUUAAAUGAGAGAGUACUCACUUGCAAACACAGCCUGGACGUUGGGGGCGACGGAGUAUGGGUGAGCUAUUAUGGCUCGAAGAGACACUGCUUUUAAUGAAAGCUGUAUGUGGUUUGGGUUGGUUAAUUUCAUAAACUGUGAGUUUAUACAGUUACACUCAGAUUGAGCAUGCAAUAAAAUGCUUAGUUAACUAAUGGACAAUUGCCAUAUUAUAAAAUAAUUUGUUGUUAGAUAUGAAAAAACAAACUUAAUUACUAGGUCACUAUUUAUUUAAUUCCAGGGGUUAUCAGAUUUUAACCAAACUUCUAGUCAGCAUAAGCCAAACAGCAAUUAUAACUUAUUUUGUCAUUUACACUUACCAUUAAAUGUGCAUUUCUUUAAAACUGAAUAUAAUUUCAAAUAUAAAAGUUUUCAACAAUA